AUGGCACCAGUCCUGCGAGCGCAAGAUCCUUGGGACCUAAACCCUCGCAAACAUGCGAGAUCCAAGCAGAUGCGUCCGCCUGAAACGUGCCCAGGAGGAGACUCUCCUCCAGACUUGACACGACUCUCCAAGCUUUCCGGCUCUGCUCAUUUUCUUGGUGAUCACAAUGGCUCGAUUGACGCUGUCAUAACUUCUCGACCCAAGGCCACCCACCGCAGUCGCACUUUAGGUGUCCCAGUCCGCGAUGUUGUCACCGAAAGAGAAGACAUCUUUGCUACUCAUUACCACGCCGACAGCAACAGUCCUGUGACAUUGUCGCCCACCAUUGCACGAUCCGUCAGCCGCCAGGAGGGCAGUGCGGACGACCGCGGAAAGAGCGACUCCAGUAUCCGCAAUGGUACAGCAGCCACGAUGGCCACGACCACAACAAAGCCGCUGCCGACGCGCUGCAACUCGGUCGACUUCUCGCCUGCCCUCCACGAAUACCUCCAUGAUAGCCCGACGUCUUCAGCGCCGCUGUUCCGAGAUCCGAGCAUCUUCCACGACACACCGCCGCAGUCUCGUUCAGAGAAGAACAGCCCCGCCGCUCAAUACAACCGUCGGUCACUGUACGAUUUCCACGAUUUCAGCUCAUUGACGGCGAAAAUCUUACACAACAUCCAACACAACGGCGCUCAGCUACCGACGACGCCGCAAACGAGGAAAGAGUCAUUGCCGAUCACACCCAUACCUGGCGUGCAAAGCCAUGACUACGCGCAAGACCUGUCGCAAAGCGCCGAACGUCAAUCAUACCGCUCGUGGCGCACAGGACAGGCAAAGGUGAAUGGAAUGACCAUUGCCGAGUCUCAGCGUACCCAGAACAAAACCGAAAAGCACAUCGACGCACAAUUACCCCAGCCAGAACCGCUCAUGGCCAAUGUGCGCAGUCGCAAGGCCAGUCACUACCUGGGCUUGUUUCGGGAGAACGACGCGGAAGAGAGGAGAGAUAACGAGCAGAAAAAGGCUGGGAAGAUAAAGGAUGGACGGACUGAUAAGGACGGAGUGACAUCAAACCAGGCAUGGCAAGCCCGUGAGCCCACCAUUUCAGAAGAUGUGGAAUCGGAAGAGGAUGGAAACAGCGUCACAGUUUCGGAGGAGCGCAUGUCCCAUACCUUGCCAAUUGGAUUACUCGAAGAAAUUCGUAACAAUCAGCAUUUGGUGCCUGGGCCGGCGUCGCGUAAGACACCGAACCCUAAGCAUGUUCCCUCCAAAGGUCUUGAGCAUCGCGUAAAUGCACUCAUUCAGAAUGGUUCCAAGUCUGAAGACGAGGAGUCUGAUCGCGAGCACAUCUCUUCCGCAACUUACUUCCCGCAUCAAGGUGUUACCCUUGGCGAUUCACCUACAGAAGACCAGCUCACGAAGCGAGAGCCAAAGGCCAAGGCCGAGUUGAAGACAGUGUCUGAUAAGGACUCUACUGGCAACGUUCAGGUCUCCCUCAACUCCGAGGACGGCCGAGAUUACUUGCAGGGCAUCUCGCGUGCACCUUCUACCACCGACUUCGAACCUUUGCCGCAGCCAGCGCUACCGGCAGAUUACAAGUCCGACUCUGAUUAUGAGUCCGACGCGUACGGAUAUGAUUCGACGGCUUCUGGGGAGGAUGAGGAGGAUGAUGUCGAGACGACUCCCACAGCCACUCCGCUGGUAAAAGCGAUAGACCAAAGGAGCCCUCCACAGCGAAGACGCCAGCACUCUCCGACCCCGAUGAAUGCGGUGGAAUUGAAGCCAUACAAGCAUCAAGUCGGCGGGCAUACAACCAUGUUCUCCUUCUCUCGAAGAGCCGUGUGCAAACAGCUCAACAGCAAAGAGAACAUGUUCUACGAGACUGUCGAGAAGAAUCAUCCAGAUCUCCUUGGAUUCAUGCCUCGAUAUAUCGGUGUCUUGAACGUCACAUACCGGAAAGAGACCAAGCGGCGUAAGCAAAACAGUUCCGAGGAAUCGCAAUCUCAAGAAGUGGACUCCAAAUCUGAGGCCGACGGGCAGCAAAGCAAGUCCGGGAAUGGCAAUUCUGCGACCAGCGCUCCUCGCCUUAUUAGCCAUUCGCUCCAGCAAACGUCUUCCUCUAUACCACAGGUGAUCUUCGAGAACAACCGGCAUCUCAUUCCGGACGAGCUCUUCCACCUCAGGCAUAGAUCAAAGACACCAGACUUGCCCAGGGCUCAAUCCUCGCCAGUCAUUCCGGGUGGUUCAGAAGACCAUGAUGACUCUCCCGCCGAUUCACGUCGUCCGUCGCUUAAGCCGGCCUCUAGCUGGGGCUUCACUACGCGAAACGACAAGCUUCGAGACCAUGUAUUGCGUGAGGUCUUUACGCCUCCGGUCAUACACAAACAUGAUCGGCGAGAUCGAGCGUACCAUGGACGCGCGCUCCAUAAAUACAGCAAGCCGGUUCAGGAGGAGAUCAGCGGAACUCGCCAGAAAUCAGUGGAUAUUCCUUCGACUAGGCGAUACGAAGCUCUCACUAAAAGCGAUCAGCCUAUGCUCGCGAUACCACGGCGCUUAUCUCGCAGAGAUAAUGAGAACGGUCUCGAACGUGCCACGUCAAAUGUGGAGCAACUUCUACAAGAUAGCAGGGCAGCCCUUAGUAGGAGCGCCGAUAUGUCCGAAGAUCCAGUCCCAACUGGCGGCAGCUCUCGUCAGCAUCGACGCCGUCACUCGGGUGGUGGUCUCACCCGAAAGCCGACUGACAUUGACGGCUCUCGUGGAGACUUGGAAUUUCACGAGGAUGAACACUAUUCUGCUGCUGACGCUGAGGAGGAUGUCUUCGCUAUGGACGACGUGAGAAGGAAGGAGUCUUUGACGAAGCAAGAUUCAAAAGUUGGACCGGUCGAAGAGUCGACCAGCUCUGUCAGCAAUGAUUUGGGACCUGCUAGCCCUGGAGCACCAGCAGACAAAUACUCCGCACCACGCCUAGGACCCGCUAUCGACCUAGGCGCACCAGGUCCUCGCAACCCCGAAACGUCCCUCGUCCAACAUGACGAACGCGUCGAACACUUCCUCCUCCUUGAAGAUCUGACCGCGGGCAUGCAAAAACCCUGCGUCCUCGAUCUCAAAAUGGGCACCCGUCAAUACGGCGUCGAAGCCAACGAAAAGAAGCAAGCCUCGCAACGCAUGAAAUGCAAAACCACCACUUCCCGCGAACUCGGCGUGCGUGUCUGCGGCAUGCAAGUCUACAAUGUGAAGUCCCAAAAAUACUCCUUCGAAGACAAAUACUUCGGCCGCGACCUCAAAGCGGGCAUGGAAUUCCGCGAGGCCCUGAAGCGCUUCUUCUUCGACGGCAUCGGCCACGCUCAGGCCAUUAAACACGUGCCCACCAUCCUCGAGAAAAUCACCGCUCUUGAACGCAUUAUCCGCCAAUUGCCACGCUAUCGCCUCUAUGCCAGCAGCUUGCUCAUGAUCUACGAUCGCGGUGAUGCCGACGAAGCGGGUCGUCUCCGUCCUUGCUCUCCGCGGGAGGACGGCAAACCCGCACAGUACCCCGACAUCAAGCUCAAAAUCGUGGACUUUGCCAACUGCGUGACGGCCGAGGACGCAGAUGUUGUGAGGGGGAAGCCUUGUCCGCCGAGACACUUCGAGCAGAUUGAUCGUGGAUAUCUGAGGGGUUUGAGGAGUUUGAGAUUAUAUUUUCAGAAGAUUCUGGUGGAGUUGCAAGUGGAUCGCCACGUGGAGCGAGGUGAGGGGGAGGGGAUGGCGGUCGAGGGAAUGAGGGGUGUCGGAGCCGGGGCAGGAGGGAAGGGGUGGAUGGAGGGAUUUGCUGAGGAGGAUGCUGGGGAGGUCAGUAUUUGA